CUUCUUAAGCAAAAUCGGACCAGACGAAGUUAUGGAGAUGCCAACAAAAAACCCAUAUCUCCAUGUCCAAUGACCGCUUCCGCUCGUUCUCCAAUCUGACCACCUUAUUUAUGACAUGGAAAAACGAGGACCCCACAGCGUCCUUUAUUAUUUGAUUCUGAAUGCGCCCCUGCUAUUCUGUGUAAAUGCCACGUUUACUGAAGUGCCCAAAGAUGUGAGUGUCGGUGAGGGCGAGGACAUAGAGAUGCCGUGCGCUUUUCGAGCUGUCGGAGUCUCGCCGUUCUCUCUGGAGAUUCAGUGGUGGUACCUCAAGGAAGCAGCCCCUAAAGAGCUCGCUCACGAACUUCAAAUUAGCGCUCCGGCCAACAGAGCCAAGGUUGCCCACAGGGACGCCACGAAAAUAAGUACGGUGAGAGUCCAGGGCAACGCUAUUUCCCACAAGCUCAGCCUAUCGGGUGUGCGGAAGGAGGACGAGGGGGUGUACGAGUGUCGGGUUUUGGACUUGUACUCUGACGAGACUCAGGAAAACAUGGUGCAGGCCACUCUGCGCGUUACCCCGCGCGAAGGAAUGCUGGCCGAGGAGGCCGUGUCUCACAUCCAGAAUCGAUGGCCACUGAGGUACAGCAAUACAGCGACGGGUGGACGGGCCACCUCUGAGCCGGGCCAGGGUCAGGGACAACCCCGCGUGCCUCCUCCGCUCGGAAUUGGACCUGCUUCCGCCUCAACGACUACAACUGCCUCUGCAGUCAAGUCUUCAGCUUCGUCUCGGCCGGGCAAUUCAUCCAUCCUGAGACAGCAGCACGGAUUCGGUUCCGGAACAAUGACAACCACUGAGCCACUCCUUUACAUCACUCUGCUGAUCCUGCAAAAGCUCCUCCCCUUCCUGUUUGCCUACUAAGAGACCACAGCCAAACAACUCACAUUGAUUUCACUUUAUGUACCAAACGACAAAGGGAAAACAUAAUUAGGUUUGUAUAUAUAUAUAUAUAUAUAUAUAUAUCUUCCAUUAUGGCACAUCACAGAGAGGGAUGACUUUGGAGAAAAUUAAAAUAUCACAAUAAUAAAGAGAAGGCCAUAUUCUUUUCUGGGACUUGUGUGGGAGAUUUGUCUCGGAUUUGGAUGUAAAAUGGAUUCUAUAAGAAGCAUGAUAAAAACAAAAUUAUAUAUAUAUAUAUAUAUAUAAAAGGAGUUCUUGUGAAUUAGAGCUUCGCAACUGUGUCAUAUACAAAACUGAUAUCCAUAAACGCUGCAUCCACUUUCCAAAUACUACUUUUUGCCUUGCUAAAUGCAUGGCUUUUUUUAGUUUUAUUGUUUUAUUAUUUUUUAUUAUUAUUAUUAUUAUUAUUAUUAUCAUUUAACAUUUUAGUGAAUUUUGUUUUUGGUUUACUACGAUUUUAUUUUUCAUUUUAAUUUGAUAUUUUUUUCUAAUUUAAGUAUCUGAUGUUGAAUUACGAAUGACAAGGUCAAAACUUCGCAUUUCACAUCUCAAUCUUUUUUAUUUGCAUGAGCUGUUUGGCAGUCUCAUUUUUCAAAUCAGAAACAUCAAAGAAGAAGUUCAUUCAUGUUAAGCCAAUGUGUAACACUAUGUAUUUUUUUUCCUCACAUCUGACUUUUGAGUUCUCAAACAUUUGUCACAUAAUGUAUAAAAAUGCAACCUUAUAUAUUUUGAUCAACGCGUUACCAUAGUUGUUGUUAGUCACUUCUAAUAUGUUUAUUUUUAUUAAAUGUAUGGUGGUCAAGGUAAGACAUUCAUUUAUAAAAUUUUAAAAGAAAAAAUAUAUAUAUUGGUACUGUAUGUUGCCAACAU